GAAGACGCGCAUUCAUCGUGACCAGUCAACUCUAUUGUUUAAAUAAAGCAACACAUUUUUUUUUUAAAUAUUAGUCCUUGAAUAAGGGGACCAACAAGUUAAAGAUGUCUAAAAUCCUAUUGGGUUUGUUGGUCGCCGUUGCGGCGUACAUCUGUUGGUCAACAUUUAGUAGCGGAUCUUCACAAGUGCCAAAAUUGGAUCCCCAAGAAUGGUGGGGACCGAAGGAACUUAAAGGAAAGCAGGAUACAAGUAUAAGGCCGUUCAAAGUUAAAUUUAGUGAUGAGAUGAUAAAAGAUCUCAAAAGUCGUUUGAAAAACCAUCGACAAUUCGUGCCACCUUUAGAAGGUAUAUCCUUCCAAUAUGGAUUCAACACCAAAGCGAUAGAACCCUGGCUGAAAUACUGGGCAGAGGAGUAUCCUUUUAAAGAACGGGAGGCAUUUUUGAAUAAAUAUCCUCAGUUCAAGACAAAUAUUCAAGGUUUGGAUAUACAUUUCAUACGAGUUAAACCACAGGUACCGGCAGGAGUGGAAGUAGUGCCUCUACUACUAAUGCACGGCUGGCCGGGCUCUGUGCGAGAGUUCUACGAAGCUAUACCUCUACUGACCAAACAACAGUCCGGCUAUAACUUUGCUUUUGAAGUCGUAGUGCCAAGUUUGCCUGGUUAUGGGUUCUCAGAUGCACCAGUACGUCCGGGCGUGGCUCCGGGCCAGAUGGCAGUGAUUUUCAAAAAUCUGAUGAGCAGGCUUGGUUUCAAGAAAUUCUACAUCCAAGGUGGUGACUGGGGCUCAGCAGUCGCAUCAUCACUUGCUACAUUAUACCCUGAAGAUAUACUAGGGCAUCAUACGAACUUCGCGAUGGUGCAAAACAAACAGGCAACAUUAAAAACAAUCCUGGGCGCUUUCUUCCCAUCCCUGGUGGUGGAGAGUCAUCUAGCAAGUCGCAUGUAUCCUCUGUCUUCUUUCUUCUCGUAUCUUCUAGAAGAGACUGGAUACGCACACAUACAAGGCACUAAGCCUGAUACAGUUGGAGUCAGUUUAACUGACUCUCCAUCAGGUCUUCUAGCGUAUAUCCUAGAGAAGUUCUCAACGUGGACUAAUGUAGAGAACAAGUUAAAACCUGACGGCGGUUUGGAGAUCAGGUUUACGAAGGACCAACUUAUUGACAAUCUGAUGAUAUACUGGACGUCCAAUUGUAUCACCACUUCUAUGAGAUUGUACGCUGAACAAACAAGUAGUAAAAACAGAGAACUGGAUUUAGAUUCCUACACAACACCAGUCCCAACUUGGGCCUUCCAGACGAAGAGCGAGAUGAUAUACCAGCCUCCCAGUGUACUGAAGACGAAGUAUCUCAACUUUUUAGGUGCUACAGUGUUGGAAGAUGGCGGCCAUUUCCUAGCUUUAGAACUACCACAAAUAUUUGUUAAUGAUGUUUUUAAAGCUGUAAAUAUAUUCAAGGAUUGGCAUAGUAAAGUCAAGAAUACAGAAUUGUAAUUGUUUUAAAAAUAUAGUUUUGUAUUUUUUUUUAUUAUCUUA